UUAUUUUCAUCGAAGCUUCCUUUGUUUUACCAGUCUAGUAACUUAUUCUUCCAUUCCAUCCACAACUAGUUUCCUCUCUCUCUACCUUCUUAGUCCUUGUGCUCAGUCAACGCUUUUAGUCUUCGCCGACCUCUCUCUUCUCUCGCUCCCCCGUGAUGAGAAAGAAAGAAUGUGUCUUUUUAAGUUUGUUAAUUCGUACGUAAGAUCCUCCAGUUUCAGGUUCAGCCACUUAUUAAACUUUGCUUCUCCUUGGGGUUCAGGUCCAAUCUGUGAGAAAUGGCUGGUUAUGAAAGAGAUGAGGUACCCAUGCUAUCGGACACUCACCCACAAUUAUCAGAUGAAAAUGUGCACUUACAAUUUGAGACAUUUAUGUCACGAACCAGAAGUGCAUCAGUUUCCAUUCCUAUGGACUCUAUGGAACCGUCAUAUGAAAGGGAGGCUAGCCUUGUAAGCCAUACUGGUCCCUUGAGGAGUCGAACAAAAACUCCAUUCCUCCCUAUGAGUGGUCCAUUAUAUAACCGCAGGCCUGAUAACAUUUUCCGGCUAACUCAAGCUGUACCAGGGCAAGAAGAAGCAGUCAAAACUGCAGGAGAAAAGUUUCCUUCUACUAAUGUGACAAACCAGAAUGAAGGGACAGAUGACAACUAUGCUGGAAAAAAUGAACACUUACUGAGAUCUGGGCAAUUGGGGAUGUGCAAUGAUCCUUACUGCACAACUUGCCCAACAUACAAUCUCAAGCCUGCUCAACCACAACACUCAAAGGCUUCGGGUAUAUUUGAUCCCAAGUUCCAUAAUGCUCUCUAUGGGGAUGCCAAAGGCUGGGCGAGGAGAUUUUUCUCUUUUCUGCGUCUAUAUAUUCCUGGAGUUAUGAACCCUCAUGCUAAAGUGGUGCAACAGUGGAACAAGCUUUUUGUCAUUUCAUGCUUAGUAGCAAUUUUUGUAGAUCCAUUGUUUUUCUUCGUGCUGUCUGUUCAAAAGGAUAAUAAAUGCAUAGUUCUUGAUUGGCCCAUGACGACAACACUUGUGGUUUUUAGAAGCAUGACUGAUUUUAUAUACUUGAUGCACAUACUCCUUCAGUUUAGAUUGGCUUAUGUGGCUCCUGAGUCUAGAGUGGUUGGUGCUGGCGAGUUGGUUGACCAUCCAAAGAAAAUUGCUCGGAAUUACCUUCAAGGAUAUUUUCUAAUUGACUUCUUUGUUGUAUUACCGCUUCCUCAGAUCAUAGUUUUGUUAGUUCUACGAAAAAACUUGGGAUUAUCUGGUGCAAACUAUGCAAAAAAUUUGUUACGUGCUGCAGUUCUUCUUCAGUGCAUUCCCAGGUUGUGUAGGUGUCUACCCCUGCUUGCUGGUCAGUCUCCAAGUGGCUUCAUAUUUGAGUCCGCAUGGGCAAACUUCAUAAUAAAUCUUCUCACAUUUGUGUUGUCUGGCCAUGUUGUUGGGUCGUGCUGGUACCUCUUCGGGUUACAGAGGGUUAAUCAAUGUUUUCGAGAUGUCUGUCAUGACUCUGGAAUUCGUGGGUGCAUGAGCUUCAUAGAUUGUGGGCAUGGAAAUGAGAUUGAAGGUUCUAAAGUGGAAGAUCCAGUACGUGAUAGCUGGAAAAACUAUACGAAUGCUAGUGCUUGUUUAGAUAAAGAUGGUUUUGAUUACGGAAUCUACAGCCAAGCUGUCAAUCUUACAACAGAAAAUAGCGUAAUCACGAGAUAUGUAUACGCACUGUUUUGGGGAUUCCAGCAAAUCAGUACUCUGGCUGGAAAUCAAACUCCAAGUUAUUUUGUUUGGGAAGUCCUUUUUACAAUGGCUAUUAUUGGCCUAGGUCUCUUGCUUUUUGCUCUUCUCAUUGGAAAUAUGCAGAACUUUCUGCAGGCUCUUGGUCGGAGGAGGUUAGAAAUGUCUCUGAGACGUCGUGACGUUGAGCAGUGGAUGAGACAUAGACGCUUGCCAGGGGAACUUAGAAGGCGAGUACGACAAGCUGAAAGGUACAAUUGGGCCGCAACCAGAGGGGUAAAUGAAGAAAUCCUUUUGGAAAACUUGCCUGAAGACCUUCAGACAGAUAUAAGACGCCAUCUCUUCAAGUUUAUUAAGAAAGUACGAAUUUUUUCCCUGAUGGAUGAACCCAUCUUGGAUUCCAUUUGUGGAAGACUAAGACAAAAGAUAUACAUCAAAGGAAGCAAAGUUUUGUACCAUGGUGGUCUAAUUGAGAAAAUGGUUUUUAUCGUGCGUGGAAAAAUGGAGAGCAUUGGAGAAGAUGGGAUUACAGUUUCCUUAUCUGAAGGGGAUGUUUGUGGUGAGGAACUUCUCACAUGGUGCCUUGAGCAUUCUUCAGCGAACAGAGACGGUAAGAUCAGGAUUUCUGGACAGCGAUUGCUUAGCAACAGGAUGGUGAGAUGCUUAACAAACGUCGAAGCAUUUUCACUCCGAGCUGCAGACAUUGAAGAAGUCACCAGUCUUUUCUCCAGAUUUUUGCGAAAACCACGUGUUCAAGGAGCCAUAAGAUAUGAAUCACCUUACUGGAGAGGGCUUGCAGCAAGACGCAUUCAAGUAGCAUGGAGAUACAGGAGAAAACGCCUAAGUCGAGCAGACACCUCUCAAUCCCAAUCCAAUCAUUUUCAUAACCAUGCAUUAUAAUUAUAUAAGUCAGUUAAGUCAGUCACCUUAAUUUUGUUUCUGUAAAGAUGAAGUCCAUGUAUGUAUAAUGUACGUAUAUGUGUGGUGUGGUGUGGUGUAGGAUCAAUCAAUACAGCUUUCAGCUCAUUGAAUCAAAUCCCAUUUAAUUGAAGGAUAUUCAGUUUCUUGAA